GGCAUGUGACUGAAUGAUCGCUCUUGCCUACCGUGACUUGAGACAGUACAAAGAGCGGCUAGGCAGUCGUUCUGUGGGAGCUCUGCAGGCAGGAGCGAGUCGCACGGACCACGCAGACGUUCGGUCCAAGUUUUGUGACAAAGAGCAGAGCAGAGCUUCCAACAUCAUCGUUUCCCCUCUAUCCAAUCUACCAUCAUCAUCCAUUAUCUGCGCUGUGAACGCGCACGCGACUAGCUGUCGAAUCUCGCCCUCUUCGACUCCGUCUAGCGCAUGGUUGUCGCGUAAUUGUACAUCCCCCGGCGACUUUUCGCGCUCCACGACUUUGUCCACAUUCGAGUCUACCUUUCGCGUCGACAGCGACAUCGUCUCUAUCCUCGCCCACUCCUCGACUGGUCCCGUUCAUCCACCUCAUUCAAACCUGAGGCAGUCACCAAACACUUCUUCUAUCGCAUCUUCAUAUCAUCAUGUCGUUCGGUAGUGGCUUUGGCGGCUUCGGCUCGACCAACAACAACUCCAACACAGGUUUCGGUGCCAGUGGCUUCGGUGGAAGCACAACAAACACUGGCUUUGGAGGAAGCACAACUAAUGGAUUCGGUGGCCAACCUGCUGCCGGCUCGAGUUUAUUCGGCGCCUCUACCAAUACUGGAGGCGGCUUCGGAGGAGGUUUCGGUGCCACUAACACAGCCGCCACAUCCUCACCUUUUGGUGCCGCCGCAAAUAAGCCUGCCUUUGGCAGCGCUGCCCCGGCAACAGGAGGUGGUCUUUUCGGUGGUGGUGCUACAUCAACUCCGGCGAGCACUGGAUUUGGAGGUGGUGGCUUUGGAAAUACCGCGAACAACAGUACCGGCUUCGGCGGCGCCAAUGCCGGCGGCGGUCUCUUCGGCGCAGCUAAGCCAGCAACUGCUGGUUUCGGCGGAACCACAGGCAACACCAUGUUCGGCGGUGCAGCCAAUACACAGCCCUCAACAGGCUUCGGUUCGACCACCGCCAAUACUACCGGUUUCGGCGGUGCUGCCUCGACUCCAGGCUUUGGCGCUGCCGCGCCCACGAACAACGGCACAGCGUCCACUCCUUUUAGUGCCUUUAUCGAAAAAGACGCCGCAGGCUCCGCGAACAGUCACUAUCAGUCCAUCACGUUCAUGCAGCCCUAUCAGGCCUUUUCUUUCGAGGAGUUGAGAUUGGCUGACUACACGGCUGGCCGCAAGUUCGGCAACUCGAAUGGCCAAGCUGGCGCAUUCGGUCAGAGCACUGGAUUCGGCGGUGGUUUUGGUUCCAACACGUCAGGUGCUACUUCAUCCGGCUUUGGUGCACCUGCCAACACCAACACUGGAGGAGGUCUCUUCGGCGCACAACCCAGCGCUCCCUCGACUGGCUUCGGCGCAGCUGCAAACACUAACACCAAUACUGGCUUUGGUGGCGGUAGUGGUCUUUUCGGUCAACAAAACAAGCCCGCCUCUACCGGUAUGUUCGGCAGCACUCCUGCCUCGACCGGCACUACAGGCGGUGGCCUCUUCGGCACAGCCAACAACACUCAGAGCACAGGUACUGGCUUUGGUGGCUUUGGCGCUGCCAACAAUACUCAACAGCCUGCGCAAGCGAAUACCGGUGGUCUCUUUGGUGGUGCUGCCAACAACACACAGAGUAAGCCUGCAUUCGGAGGCUUUGGAGGCACACCCGCAGCCUCGACCGGAUUUGGAGGAACAUCAACAGGAGGUUUCGGCCAGGCCGCAAACACAAACACAACUGGCGGCAGUGGCUUGUUCGGACAGAGUGCCAACAACAACGCUAGUCCCUUCGGUGGUGCUCAGCAGAACAACGCACCUGCCAACAACUCAGGCGGUCUCUUUGGCGGUGCCAAUGCCUUUGGUCAGAACAACCAGGGCCAGCAACAGCAGCAGAACCAAACUGGCACUACUGGCGGACUCUUUGGAGGAGCAACUGGCGGAUUUGGACAGAACAACCAGCAGAAGCCUAGUCCUUUCGGCGGCGCUGCUACUGGCACCUCGGGCGGUCUUUUCGGAGGUCAGACCCAACAAAACAACACCGGUGGUGCAGGUCUAUUUGGCCAGGCCAACAACAACAACCAAGCCCAAGGCGGCGGUCUCUUUGGCGCACCCAAACCUGCUACUGGUGGUAGUCUCUUUGGAGGCGCUCAACAGCAACAGAACACUGGUGGCGGCCUUUUCGGUGGCGCUCAGCCCCAGCAGAACUCGGGUGGUCUAUUCGGAGGCCAAACCAACCAGCAGAAGCCCGCAGGUGGCCUUUUCGGCAGCACCAACAACCAGCCUGCAACUGGCGGAUCGUCUAUGUUCGGCGGCAACCAGAAUCAGCAACAAAGUGCAGGCGGCAGUCUCUUUGGUGGCAGCGCUCAGGGACAAAACAACACGAAUGGCCUCUUCGGUGCUAGCAACCAGCAGCAGCCUAACUUGAGCGCCACUUUGAUGACCAACCCUUACGGCAACGAUCAGCUAUUCAGCAACCUCGGAAACGCCGCUCCCGCUGUCGGCCCUCUCGCUACGCCCUUGUCUGGAGCGCAGAAGCCGGCUAAGCGCCCUGCAGCCCUCCCUCAGUUCAAGAUCAACCCCAGCGCAAGCUUGCGUCUUAUCACUCCCCAGAAGCGCUCUAACGGUUACGGCUUCUCCUACGCUACCUACGGCACUCCCGGCAGCGCACAGAGCUUCACAUCUAACGGUCUUGGAAGCAGCUUGUUGCAGUCAGGUGGUCUGAGCCGCUCUUUGGGCAAGAGUUUCUCCACCAGCAACCUCAACAAGAGCGUUGGCAGUGGUGACAGCGUGCUUGCUCCCGGAGCCUUUACUCCCAACAACAGAUCAUACACUGGCGGCAGCAUUCGUAGAUUGAAGAUUGACCGUAACUUGAGGACUGACCUGUUUGGCGACAACUCUGCCGUCGUCGAACCUCCGACAAAGCGCGUCAGCUUUGAUGAAGGAGACAGGGGCAAAACUACCACAAACGGUACUUUCAUCGAGAGCCCCCCCAACAGUGCCCUUAUCCGCACCGAGACUGAUGGGCCCGAGCCGACCUCUGAGGACCUUGGUUACUCUCGUGCCGAGCGUCCUACUACUAACGGCGCAUCGGUCAACGGCACUCCCUCCAGCAGCUCAACUAGAGGCAACGAACUCGCCAUUGUACCCGAAGAUGGUCCCGCAAUCUCUUCUUCUUCUCAGUCCAAUACCGUCUCUUCGAAGGACCUGCCACGCUCUCAAGCCGACCCUCAAAUCGGUGACUACUGGAUGUCUCCGUCUAUGGAAGACCUUCGCAACAUGUCUCGCGAGCAACUCAAGAGUGUGUCUGGCUUCACUGUCGGCCGCCAUGGUGUUGGCAAGAUCGAGUUCGACCCAGUAGAUCUCUCUCAAAUUCCUCUGGACGACAUCGUCGAUGGUAUUGUCGUACUUCAAGUUCGUUCAGCAACCGUUUAUGUAAGCGGAGUCAACACUCCUCCCAGAGGCACUGGUCUCAACGUACCGUCCACUAUUACCCUUGAGAACUCCUGGCCACGUGCUCAGGGUGGACGUCUUCCUGUCCACGAGCGUAAAGGCAGCCGCUUCGACAAGCACAUCGAGCGUCUCCGCCGCGUUCAAGACACUGAAUUCAUCAGCUACGACCCUUCGAGUGGUGUCUGGGUAUUCCGCGUUCCCCACUUCACCACCUAUGGACUCGAUGAUGACGAUGAGUCGGACGAUGAAGCCGAGUAUGGCAGUGACUUGAUGAACACAAGCCAGGAUCACACACCCAAGGGUAACAACAACUCUGCUGCCCAGGAUAUGUCACAGGCCUCUUCUGAGGAGGGUUCUGUCAUUAGCGACGAAGAUGAUGAAUCCAAUCCUGAUGACACUUUUGAUUUCAAGAAAGGUCCGUCAAAAAUCCUGCCUGGCAGCUACGGUGCUCAGCCAAUUCAUAAUGACGACGAAAUGGCUGACAACGAUGCUCAGGAUCAGGACGAAGAUUCCUCCUAUCUCGAACAGCAAGGCGCACAGUCGCUUGAAGACCCGUUUGGUUCUUCCGGCAGCAGCAACGCAUCUCCUGUUGAAGCUGUUGACGAGCGAAUGGAGGAGGAGAUGGAAUAUGAGGAGAUGAGCGAGCAGGACAUGGUAGGAUCAUUCCCCGAGCCUGCACCUGCUGCUCAGGCUCCAUACAACGACUAUGGUGUUUCUUUCAGUGGCUCUCUCAUGCCAAAAUCAAUUUUGAAAGCAUCGACCAUGUUGAAUGGUACACCGAAGAAGAACCUUGCGCUUGCUGGUGAUUGGGCAGAACAACUUCAGAGGACUGCCAGCCCCAAGAAGCAAGAUCGUCAAGCCCUUCGUGAGCGCCAAAGCGUCAUGGGUGCACCCCUUGUUGAUACUGCACCACCGUUGGCUGCGUCUAUUGCUGGUAAAGCUUUCUCUACAACUAUGGAUAUCAUGAACUCUCUUUGGGCACCUUCGGCAUCUGUUGCAGGCAACGCAUUGCAAGCAAGUAUUGUUGGUGGAAAAGGUUUCGAGUGGCCCUACCAAAAGCAGUCAAGAACUGAAGACGCCUUUGCCGACAUGAAUGAGGCCGAACGCGGCUUCCACUCGUCCUUCAAGCCCCGCUGGGCCACCGAUGGCACCCUCGUCCACACCACCACUGGCACAGCACCCACGACUUCCGGCAACAUGGGUAACUCGAAGAAGCCUAUCGUAUCUGAGCAUAAGGAUAUCCGCUUCGCCAAGUUCACUUCACCGCAAGACACGCUGACAAGAUCACUGCAAUUGCAACUGCAACAAUCGCCUAGCACCUCCACCCAGACAUCCUUCGCUGCUAUUGCAGAGAGUCUUGCGCAACCCGAGACACCGGAGGCUCAACACGAGCGUGCCGUCUGGCGAUUGGCGUCUAUCCUCUUUGACCCCAUCGAUACUGGAUGUGCUGACCUUGUCAAGAACAUUCCGGCCGCCCGGGUUGCCGAGUUGGAGUCACGUAUCCGCCGUGACGCACUAUCAAGUUUCUGGGCCCAGCUUGUUCACACAGAGGCCGCACAACACGCUAAGGACGUAGGUACGGCCGAGGAAAAGGCGAUUGCGUUCUUGAGUGGCAACGGCAUCGAAGACGCAUGUGCAGCUCUUCUCGAAGGUCGUGAUUUCCGUCUUGCAACUAUUGUUGCUCAGCUGCCUGGCAAUUCCCAGUCGAAGGAGAUGAUGAGCAGACAGAUCGAAAGCUGGCGGUCGCAGAACAUGGUCUCUGAGAUGACCGAGCCUGUGCGUGCUUUGUAUGAACUCAUCGCUGGUAACACUUGCGUCAGUGAAGGAAAGACUGGUGCUGCUGAAGACAGAGCGACGGCUUUCGGAAUUUCGCAGCGCUUUGGCCUUGACUGGCGCCGUUCUUUCGGCCUGCGUCUCUGGUUCUCAAGCGCCAACGAGUCGCUCGCAGAUGCCGUCCAACUCUACGUUGACGACAUCGCUGCUGGCAAGGAGACCGUUCGUCCUGUGCCUUACUUCACCGAGCAAUCUCUUGCAGCUUCUUGGAACGAUGUCGAGGCUCAAGACAAGGAAGACACUUUGCUCAGUCUGCUGAAGCUCUACUCGAGACAACCAUCUUCAAGCGCUGCUGAAGUCCGCACUCUUGUCAGCAACCUCCUGUCACCUGCAUCAGUUUCUGGCAGUCCGCUCAAUGCACGUCUCGCAUGGCAGCUGGCCACUCUUCUCAGAAAGAAGGGCAUUCUUACACCUGCCGAUCUGAGCGACGCUACCAUGGACCAAUUGUCCUUGACUCUCUCCACUCAGCUCGAGACAGCUAACGAACUCGUCUUUGCGGUCAACGUCUUGCUUCACCUGACCAAUGAGUCCGCACGUGAAAGGCACAUUCGGGACCUACUCUACCGCCGAGCAUCAGCUCUUUACGACGCGUCGACUCCAGACUCUCUUCCCACAGUUCUGACGCAAGACUUUGGCCUUCCUGAACAGUGGCUUUGGCAUGCACGCGCACUAUACGCCCGCUCCAUGCUCGACGACCACAACGCCGAAGUCACAUACUUGCUCCGCGCCGGCGACUCCGCACAAGCUCAUGCUGUCCUCUGCCGCUCCGUUGGUCCUGCCGCCAUCGUCGAGCGUGAUUAUGAUAGUCUUCGCGAACUGCUUGGCCUCUUCUACGAUAUGCUUCCCGCAGGAUCAAUCGAGAGUUGGCGCAUUGGCGGACAAGUCUAUUUCGACUACAUCCAUCUGCUCGACCUCGUCCACCGCGAUGACGACGCCAGCCGCGCUUCUAAGAAGGAGUUGCUGGAUCGCUUGACCAUUGCUCUUCCUGGCGUCCUCGAAGGUCGUGCUGGCAAGGUCGACCUCGAAGAACGUGUUGCUGUUGGCGAGAUGGCCGGUUUGGUCAAGGCCGAAGUUGAGAAGAUUGGCAGGGAGGAGAAGGGUGUGGAUAGAGCACUCAUCAACAGACUUCCCAUUGCCGGUGGCGCUUAUGCCAAGCAAGGUGUUGAUCUCAGCAGGGCCUACUACCGUGCUAUUGUUGCUUAAGAGAAGAUCUCAAGAUUCUCACAAGAGAGGGAAACGAUUUUACAUCGCAUUGUUUUUAUUGAUUCCUUUUGUCUCAUGGGAAUGAUGGAAAGCAUAAGAGGAUUUACGGGAAGGCAAACACACGUGGUUUCGUUUGUACAACUAGGAUAACUACACACAC